CUUCCCUUAUUGAGUUAGGACCGUGAUUCACACAACGCCAUGCCGAGAGAGAGAGACGAUCUGAGAGAAAGAGAAAGAGAGAGACUCGGGCGCAGAGAAGAGAGAGAGAGAACACGAGUCCGAUAGAAAGAGCUGAGAGAUAGAGUUUUCGAGUCUGACGUAUUGAUGGCUGCCGGUGCCAUCCCGCAGCAGCUCUAGCCACCGAUCGACGUAUGAGGGGAAAACCAGUGUGGAGGAAGAAAGCUCAAGACUAGUUAUUGGUACUCACUCGCUUAGUGAACUGAAAAAGCGGUUGGAAGAUGCUUCAAUGACAUCUAGACUGGCAAUCCUCUACUUCUAUAAAGCUCGUCUUUGCCGUUUCAUUUCUCUUCUUUAUGCAAGCUUAGCUCGGAAGUACCUGAAAGUUGUUUUCUUGAAAGUUGACAUUGAUGAGGCGGAGGCAAAGGCGAAGGACGUGACUAAAGAAUGAAAAAUUCGUAGUCGUAGUGCUCCCUACUUUUUCUUUCUAAAAAAUGGCAAGGAGGUGGACAAGGUUGUUGGAAUAGACGCAAUUGAACUUGAAAGGAAGCUUGCACUGCACUCACGCAAGCAAGCUAGAAGAGAUAGAAUGCCAGAGCGUUUCUGCUGUUGAGAAGCAGAGCCUGUGCUUGAUAACGAAGUGUCAAUAUGUUUUAAGAAUGACGAGAUUUCUUCAAUCGUAAAAGGCCUGUUGGAUCCAUCUGAUGGCAUUGCAAGAUCUAAAGCACUGCAGAAAUAUCUGUUCUCUGUCAGUGGGAGAAUGGUUAUACAAGGAAGCAUGCCAGUUGGCUGAAAGAUUUUGCUGUUUUGAAGCUAAUAUUCGGAGGCUGUUGAACUUUAUGAGAGGUGCUUGAUUCCCUGUGCCAGUUAUCCUGAAUUCUGGAUGGGUUACGUGAAAUUCAUGGAAUCUAAGGGGGAAGAGAAAUAGCUAAUCAUGCUAUGGACCGAUCAACACUAAUUUUUUUGAAAAGUACUGGUAGUGCAGAUGCUGCCAGAGAUAUCUUAGUGGACGGCAUCAAACAUGUGCCUAACUGCAAAUUACUUCUAAAGGAGCUGAUAAACUUCACAAUGAUGCAUGAAGGGCCAAGGCACAUAAAUGUGGUAGAGUCUGUUAUAGCUAAUGCAAUAUCUCAAGGACUGGAUGCGAAAGAUGCGGAGGAUAUUUCAAGCUUAUAUUUAGAGCAGUUUGUUGACCUUUGUGGAACCAUCCAUGAUUUAACAAGUACAUGGAACCGGCACAUAAGAUUGUUUCCACACUCUCUAAGGACAGCUUCUUCUAAGCACCCAACUACCGAUGCAAAAGCCUUGAAACUGGCUAAGGAAGUAAGAGAAGAAACUUUUGAUUCUAGUUCUGGCCUCUUGAUCCAGCUGCCUUUAGAAGACGAUAAAAUGUCACCAACUGAAAGUCCUGAUACCCAGGCUCCAAGUAACAUAUCAGAAGAGAGACUACCAUCUUUAGACAAUAAUGAUAAUCAGUUUGAGUCAGUUACCAUUGACCAACUUCAGUCAAGUGAAGCUGAUAACAGCUUACAGGAAAGAUUAGAACAGGAAUCUCCAAAAGUUUCUGAAUGGCCCAGAGGCAAUAGUCCCAAACCAAAUGUGCCAUUAGUACAAGGAGAACAGCUAUCUCUGAAAGUUCCUCAGCAGCUCAAAAGAGAUUCUCCUGAACCAAGUGUGUCAUCUUUGGAUUUAAUACGAAUGAAACAUGCAUCUCAAGAAGUUUCCAAGCAGCCUAGAGAAGAUACUUACAAACAAAAUGUUUCAUCCGUAGACUUAGUUAGUAAAGUCGCUAACGGAGCUAAAUUUGUGCAAGCUUCUCAAGAAUACUUAAAAGAGUAUGAUGUUCAGAAACAGUAUGAACAAGACAUGAAGCCACCUUCAUUGGAGAAUCUCUCCUUGCACACUCAGAAUGAUAGAUCUCCAGAUUAUGUUCCCUCUACAUCUUACAAGCGGGAAGCUCCUGAAGAAACCUGUGUGUCAAAUGGAAGCAUGAGAGAGAGCAGUUGUAAGGCUAGUCCAGAUGCUUCCUUGUACGGCCUAUUAGAUGCUCAAGCUUCUGCUAGAACUGAAAUUGAAGUGGUUAAUUCCUCAUCUUCAAUGAGCCAUCAAAAUCUUAUUCCAACACAGCCACUCAGACAGCCCCAGGUUGCUGCAUAUUGGUGGAAACUGGCGUCAAAAGAAUAAUUCUGAUAGAUUUCAUAGAAAUUCUAAAUUUGGUUUUCGUGGCCAGCAUUCACAACGAAAACCACGUCAACAGCGGCAGGAGUCUCCUCAACAGUACUUACAGGCUGAAAUGGAUCCCCAAAUACCCCAAGGUUGUUCUAGUUAGCCUUUGCCUUCUCUAAAUACACAAGUACAAAAGCAGCGAAGCACAAAAUCAGUAUCAAGCAGCAGCUGCUCAAACUAAUAUACCAACGCAGCAUGCCUGGCCUACGCAAAACACGCAGCAACAGAUUUUUGCCACUGCAUCUGAGUCUCAACUGCCAGCUCCACCUGCUUCUUCUCAGACAUCUCAUUACCCAAUGCAAAGUAAUGGGCAGUAUGGGCAUAUGCAAAAUAGCGAAUAUAAUCAGAUGUGGCAAUAUUAUUACUACCAGCAACAACAGUUUCUUUUACAACAACAGCAGCAGCAGCAGCAAUAGCCCCAUCAGCAGUAUCAGCAGCAACUGCAACAACAUUACCAUCAACAAACAACCUUUCAGCAGGAGCAACAGCUUCAGCAACAACAACUACAAUACAAUCACCAGCAACAGUUUCAGUUCCAACAACAAUUUCUGCAGCAACAGCAGCCGCCACUGCAGCAGCAGCAGCAGCCACCACUGCAGCAGCAACAUCCACCUCUACGGGAGGAACAACAACAAGAACUAGAACAGAAAGAACACCAGCAAAUACUCCAUCAGAGGUCGUAACAUAGAAUCUUAACAUCAACAAGAAGACGUUAUUAGAAGCUGUAUUAUGUGAACAAUUACUUGGCCAAAAUAAUAUAUAUAUUAUUAGAUCAACGACUUUUUUACUUCUU